CGAACAUACUCUGACCCAGAAACGACCCGACCCGACCCAUUUCUAUUCGAAAGCUCAAAGAUUUCGAUUUCAGCUUCUCCCCAUUCCUAUGCUCUUCUAAGCUCCAACCUUUCCUCAUUUUAGCUCUUCUCACCGAGAAGAUUGUUUAUGGGAUCUUUCAAAUUCAGCGUCUGAAUUUACAUCGCGGAAUCGAAGCUCUCAUCGUAAAGAGAAAUGGCCGAAACCAAAGAGAAGAGCCUGAGCGACGAAAAACCGAAGCCAAGAGUACGCCCAAUUGUUCGCCUCGGGAUCUUCCUCAUCUCUCACAGCUUCCUCGUUAGUGUCGUUUGCUGCACUGCUGGGGUUUUGGCUCUGUUUCUAUUGCCUGUUCUUGCUAAAAAUACUUACAUCUCCGAAAAUGCCCUCAUGCCAGGUUCUGCGAGUCCCAUGCUUUCUAAUCAGCAUGUUUCGGAUGGAAAUAGAUUGGUGAAGGAUCUAACUAAUCCAAACUCGAAAUCUUCAGAAACAGGAAUAGAAAGUCACAAAAUCAUAGCACAGUACAUGUUAGACUUGGGUGCUGAAGUUAGUUUCCACAAAUUCCACCCUCAGAUGAAUCAGUUUCAUCCUUUGCACUUUUUCUCUAGCCCGGUUUCCGGUAAGAUACAAGAGAAUUACAGUUGUUCAUCAUAUGGUAUCAAUACUGUUGGGAUUAUAAGAGCUCCUCGUGGUGAUGGGAAGGAGGCUAUUGUCUUGGUAACACCUUACAAUGCUCUAAAGAGUGGAUUUGGUGAGGCUUUAUCUUUAGGCAUUGCAUACUCAGUAUUUUCGUUGCUCACUCAAGUUACUUGGCUAGCCAAGGAUAUUAUAUGGCUUGUUGCUGAUUCGCAAUAUGGAGAGUAUGCAGCGGUUGCUGCUUGGUUAAGAGAAUAUCAGACUCCUAAAUUUAGCAGUCUGAGUACUCCAAAUGCUGAGAUGUGUCCAGAUGUUAAUAAUCUUUUUGAGUUGAAAGGUCAUUCUAUUUCUGGAAGUAAAUUCUCCAAUAGUUUUAGACGUGCUGGGACUAUGGCUGCUGCUCUGGUCUUGAAGGUUAGAGAUCAAAAUGAACAAUUUGAAGACACUAUUAGCAUUUAUGCCGAGGCAUCUAAUGGACAAAUGCCAAACUUGGACCUCAUCAAUGUUGUGAAUUAUUUGGCAGUGCAUAGGCAAGGUUUACGUGUAAACGUGGAGAAAUUGUGGCCCCUUCUUAACUCCAGUUGGCUUAAAAGUUUGGGUGAAAUCUUUGAAUCUCUAGCAAAAGUAGCUAAAAGCUUAUACCCUAAGUGGAAAUUUGGUAUCCCUGCAACAGAGUAUGUUGAAGGCACUGCUACACUUGCAAGUUCAUUGUAUUAUCAGGCUCUAGGUGUGCCUACAGGCCCACAUGGUGCUUUCCGUGACUACCAAGUUGACGCAAUCACGUUGGAGAUUUCACCUAAAUUUUCAUUGGACAAAGUCUGGCGCAAUGACAUUCUUCUAAGAGGCGGCCGGUUGAUUGAAGGGGUUAUACGAUCAGUAAAUAACCUCCUUGAGAAGUUUCACCAAUCAUUUUUCUUGUACCUCUUAACAUCUCCUAGUAAGUUUGUGUCAGUAGGGGUUUACAUGAUUGCGUUUGCACUUCUCAUAGCAUCACUUCCAAUGGUUGCGGCUUCUCUCUAUGUGGAUGCAAAUAGUUCAAGCAACUGUUCAAAAGGUGAUAGCUCAACUCCAUCUGCAAUCACUGAUACUGAUGAACACAGUAUUGCUAUCAGAUCCUGGAGGUGGCUUAAUUCAGCUAAACUAGUUUUUAUUGUUCACCUAUGGGGUGCUAUUGUUUCAUUGCUUCCGUAUUUUAUCUCCCAAAUACCUGAUUGCAGCCCAACAACCAGCUUCAUGAUCUGGGUUUUGCUUUCAAUCCUCAGCCUUCUAACCUUGAACUCAGUUCUGGCUUCUCCUUUAGCUUGUGCUAAAGCAACUCAAGAAAAAGAAUGGGCUCUUGUGAAAUCGGUGACUAUCUCAUUGGUGUUCAUUGGAUUGGGGCUCAUGUCAGUCAUUAAUUUUGCUACCGCAGAAAUUGGAGCUUUAUUGAUGGUCCCAAUGUGUUUACUGGCUCGACCUUUAAAGCUUGAUGUUAGAGCUGGUACUUUGAGAAGUUUUUGCCGGCUGAUCUGCAAUCUGGUUUUAGGGCAUAUUGCUUUUCCACCAGCUGCUUUUUUUCUGUUGAAAGGGAUGCUUGAUGGUUUUGGCAAUGCCAACGUGGGUGACUUCUGGAUGUGGGUUGAGUCUCUUUGGGCAUGGAACAGUGCUACAUAUCUCUUUAUUGGUAUGGUACAGUUGCCAUGCUGGGUCUUAUGCGUUAGCAUUUUGUUUCAUACUUGUUGACACGUCUUAAUUCUGUUCGGACCUGCAAACUUAAUAUCAAGUGCACAUUAGUUUCAGUGUUUGCCUUCUUACUUAAUUUCAGUCUUUUAAUGAAAAUUAGACUAAACUUGGAGAGCACAUGCGGUUGUUGCUCACCAAAGCUGCAUGAUGUUCUGGAAUUUGGAUGUUUUGGUUCUGAGUUUGUAAUUCGCUCGUUGGCUGACCGGAUCACAUCAAGAAAAGGUGGUAUUCCACGGAUGAUUUGUCAGGCCUUUGUGAUUAUUUUCUUGCUGAAUUGAUUCAAAUUUCCUCUUGAGGUAGAAUCCGGGCUUGCGAGUAAGCUUAAGUGACCCAGCAACUCAAAGGUAAACUUAAGUUUCAAAGGAGGAAGAAUCUCUACAUGUAGAUUGCCUUAUUUUGGUGCACACUCUUCCACUAAGAAAUAAAUGCUUGCACCACUUAUUGAAUUUUCCAUGAAAAAGAUAGGUCAUGAAAUAGAAAAUUAGGAUCUUAUUGCAAAAUAUUGGAUUUUAUCCGACAUAUUUUCUUCGGAUAGAAGGGAAUCAUCUAUUGAAACCUCUAUUUAAGAAUAGACAAUGGGGUUUUGCUUUGAAAUGCUGUUGAAAGUUAUAAAUUUAAGUAGACGAAAGAAUAUGAUAGGCACUAGUAGAUGCCUUGCUGACUAUCCAUAGCUUCCAACUGAAUAUGCUUGUUUCAUUUGCCUAACUUGUUCUUUUUUCUAGUUGAAGUGACAUAUAUAUUUAGUCAUGGAUGAGCUAAAGAAGAUGCAAGAUAUCAAAGGACCGUAUUCUACAACCACUCCAUAAAAAGGUAAGCAACCAAUGAGAAAAAGCAAACUUGAUUCUCUCUUAAAGAUUGCAAAUUGAUGUGUCUAUUGAUUCUUUGCUGCCUGCUUUAAUUAUAAAUGUCAUCACCGGGGAA